UUUUCAUGGAAAUUUGAAUUUGCUUUGGCUCCUAAAAAUUGAAGUGGCAUGUGUUUCAGAGUUUUCCAUUCCAUUUCGAACACUUGACUCCACAACCCACCACUACACACAGUGUGAACCGUGAAGCGAGAAGAACGCAAAAAUGGGGUAUGAAUACAAUCAAGCCACAGACGGGCUUAUGAAGCUAUUCACAAAAGCCAAUCACGAUCUCGCUAUGGUUCACCACCGUCUCGAAAAGGAGUUUCAACAGGUUUACCCUGACAACGCAAACCCUAUGAAGCUGGUUUCAAGGAUCAAAAAGGUGCAGGAAGAUAUAUCAACCUUGAAGGGACAGUGCCAUGAGCUUCUGGCUGCAAAGCAGGAUUUGAUAGAUAAGGCUCAGAUAACUCUGGUUGAGAACAGAAAUUCGCUGCAGCGUAUGCAAGCAUCUGUGGGCAUCCCUGUAACUGGUGAAGAUGAUGCUGCAUUCACUAACUUCAAACAGGUAAUUGAAGAAUGGACAGCUCAAGUAAGAUCCAAAACAGGAGAUGAAACACAUGAUUCUGAUUCUGGAGAUAUCAACAAACUGCUCUUCUCAGCCAUAGUUCAAAGUAAUUGAAGAUGCUCUUUAUGUCCAGUUCCCAGGGUUUUCACAAAUGAUAUAUAGUAGUAAUAUAACUCUGCUUCAAUUGUUUACUUUCCUUUUAACCUCUAAGAUGCAGCUGUUUUGGAUUCUCUGACUUUUGUGCUUCUAAUGUCCGAAUUCGGAAAUACUAGCAGAAAGCAAAGAAAUAGAAAUUUAUACACAAACGGUGAUAGUAGUAACUGUACCAAAAAACGAUUAUAGUAGCAAAAAUGACCAUCAACCAUAGAGCCCCCUGCCAUUAUGGUUCUUGCAUAA